AUGUCAUCAGUUCCGAAGGGCAUUUUCCUGAAACUUCAAAGCGUCCUGCUCUUCGUAAGUCACCUUCAAGCGGCACCAGUUCAUCGAAGUAGGCGACACGUAACUCUGCGCAGGGCCAGGCAAUCGUCAAUGGACGGCAUAGCGGUGCGCCGUUUCAUGUUUGGCAUCCUGGCGCUGUGCGCAGCUAUUCAUCCCUCAGCCGUUGUCGGUAUCGACUGUUACGUCUGCUCGUCUAUCAAUCGAACUAAUCCAUAUUGUGAAGAUACGUUCAACACAAACUACCCGAACAUCAACUACCUGCAGACCAACUGCAUGGCGUAUCGCAAGGGCAGAAGUGGCUUCUUCCCCGCUGACCACUGCAUCAAAAUUAACGGCAUUUCAGGUGAGUAUUCUAUUAAACAACUGAAAUGAAA